AUGAGUGAUGAGAGUAAAGUUCCUAUUACCCAGCUUCCUUUGCUAAAUCCUUAUAAAGCCUUCUCUAAGCCAAGUUCCACUUUUCCUAAAGCCAUUAGACAAGUGUUUGUACCUAACAAACAUACUGCUAAAGAACUCGUUCUAGCAUCUCCUCUAGAACAGUUUUUAGUCCCUGCAACGGAAGCAGAGCAAAUGGUUCCUCUUUGCCUUAAUGAAGGAAUGAUACACCAUUGGCGAAGUCUUGGCUAUACACACCUCCACUAUGGAGCCAUCCGCCUAGCCUUAACCCUUCAUGGUAGAAAAGGCUUACCGGUUGUAGCAAGAGUCGCUCUCCUCGACACCAGAUACAGAGAGUACCAACAUGCAUGCAUAGCAACUAUCCAGACGACGCUAAAUGCUGGCACUGUCUUCGUGACUCUUUUCCCAAACUUUAAUGUGGCUCUAGAAGACCCACAAAUCUGUCAGAACAUGCAGAUCCAGCUACAAAUUACUGGCGCUCCACAAAUCGGAAACACGUAUGCAGCAACCCUGCACCACCAAAUGGCGUAUAGAGUCCAGAAUCAUGCUAUGGAUCUAAGUCUUCCACGUGAAACUGAAGACGCUUUGCUCAUCCAACUUGAGUCACAACAUAGUCCAUCAUGCAUUCACAUUCCAAGACAAAUCCCAAGAAGCGAAUUAGUCAAGCUACUUCCAGAAUCAUGGGUGACAAACUAUGAAAAACUCCAUGAGAGAAGUACCCCUAUACAAUCAGUGGAUUCUUCUAUCCACAGAAGAAAAGAUGGAGCUGUAGAAAUCGCGUUCAAAGCACAAGAAGAAAAAUCAAGACCAGCAGCUUUUUGCACUGAAAUCAACAUGAUCACUCCUGCUUGCGAAAAACCGUUUAUGGAGAUAGAUUCUCGUUUACCCGGCGUUCCAAUCUCUUCCUUUGACUCGCUUGGAAACCCUGUAUACGCAUUCAUGGAUGACGAUGGCCACAAAUUCUUUGAUGUUUGUGAUUGUCAGAAAUGCCUAGAAGAUGACUCUGAGGAGGAAGAAGUUCCAAGGAGAAGACGAGGACGAAAAUCUUCACAACAAAUUCUCAAAGAACGAUAUGAAUCAGGAGAUCCCCAGGUUGGACUUCUUGGAGAGCCAAGUAGUGGAAAAUUCGAUUACUAUGUUUUGUAUUCGAAUGGUUCCACCCCAGCAACUCCAGAUAGGGAAGAACCACCAUUGAGCUACAUGUUUGGUCCUCCAUCUCAGUCACCAUUUCCAUCAAAAGAGUUUGAAGAAAAUAGUAUCAAGCACUCAUGGAAGAUCAAGAAUCCAAACAUAAAGAAUCCAGACGGAACAGUAAAGCAAGUCAGUGCGGCUGAAGCUACUUUGAACUGGCAAUCAGAAAAUGCUGCAAGCCAAAACAAUCUCUUGAGCCAGAUCGACAAAAAGGUAACCAUUUUGGAACUCUCUAUACAGGAGAUAACAAAAAAGAUGUCUUCCCUCCAUCAAGAACUCCUCUAG